AUGGCGCUCGUCGCUCGAUUACUGAGGAAUUUAACCAAAGGCAAACGCUUCGUUAACACCAACAGGAGUAUAAGUUAUCUAGCUGUGCAAGACGAGAGCGUGGAGGAAAUGAUCGCCAGAUACAAGUGCAUUUUCAAGGAAAAGGACGCCGACGGGUGGGACGUGCGCCAGGCGAUGAACGACCUGGCCGGGUACGACGCCGUGCCCGAUCCGGCCAUCGUCAUAGCGGGCCUGAAGGCCUGCCGGCGGCUCAACGACUACGCCAUGGCGGUGCGAUUCCUCGAAAUGGUGAAGUUCAAAUGCGGCUCGCAGGUCGACAGGAUCUGGCCGUACAUAAAGCAGGAGGUGAAGCCGGUGGCGAAGGAGCUGGGCGUCGAUUUCCCCGAGGAUUUGGGCUACGACGAGCCCGAGUUGCAUUUGGUGUCCGUGUUCGAUAUGUCCGUGAUUUAG